AUGUUUCGUUGGGGGGGAUGGGGGGGUUCCUUUGUCCUCUUUACCCUGACCGAGCUAGGAUUUGGCCUGCUAUGCUGUUGUGAAUGCCACCGGGUCAAAAUUGUCUCUACACGAGCUAUGCAGCGCCGCAGGGGACAGCUGAUGGAUGAAUUUGAAGGCAUCAAACGUAGAUUCGAUGGCACAGGUAGAGUAUACCGCUUACCCUUCCCGAUGUUUUGCAGGGGUUCGCAAUUCUAUGAUGCCAUUAGCCGAGAAAUUAUCAUAUCAGACACGGACAUGCGAGAGCUUUUUGGCAGCCUUAUCCGCCAAGUCAUCGAAACUAUCUACAAACAAGUCAGUAGAGCCAAGGACACCCCAGGGGCCUUCCGAAUUCAGAAAAUUUUUGUGGCGGGAGGCAUCACAAAUUCGAGAUUCGCACGAGGCCAACUAUCGGAGAACUUGCAUGGUUUUUCAAAGGUUCAAUUCUUGCCUCGACCGGGACUCUGCAGACAUCCAGGCCCGUCCCUGCGCGAUUUCAUGGAGGCGGUCGAGGAGGACACCCCUGCACAGCCACAUCGAGAACACCGCUACGAGGAAAAUCAUCCGUACGAGCAUGUUUUCGACCUGUAUUCCCGCCCCACGGAACUCUCCUACAAAGUCUUCGAAUUUUCCUCGGAUAAUGGACGAGUUUUGGAAUACUUCACUUGUAACCUGGCCAAGUUGCCAGUAGGGUCAUAUACCAUCCACCCUGUUCCCCAGGGUGGUGAAUAUGGCCAUUAUCGUGUGGUCGUAGCCACGACUUUUCUCGCCAACGGGUACUUGGAAGUGGAGGUUAGCUCCGCGAACACGACCUUGGGCACAACAAAGGCCCUAAGAGUGUGGUCAGCGAAUCCUGGAUGUUAGAGGGGUAAGUUGUAGACUGGAAGCUUGGGG